AUGGUCUGCGUACCGUGUAUUUUCAUUGGUUUAGCUAUUGUUAUUUGGUUUAAAUAUCUUGAACCUUAUGUAAAACCAAUAUAUGAACGACUUUGUCAAUAUUUUCCAUCAUUAAGAAUAGUUGGUGAUCAAAUUGGAGUUUGGGCUGGAAAAAUUGAAAAAUUUGGAGAAAAAAUUGGUAUUCGUAUGCCUGAAUCAUGUCCAAUGCCAAAGAAAAAUAAAAAUGCUUCAAAAUGUCCAGUUGAUGAUAGUAAUAAAUUAUAUCCUGAUUUGAAAUCAACAAUGACUGAUGAUAUGGAUAUUCAUCAUCGACCAGUACCAUCAGCUCCUUCACCGCCUGAUUAUGAAUAA